UGCUCGGUCGGCCGGCGGCCGCUGCCGAGGCGGGCCGGCGGGAGGAGCCGCACGGUGCGGCUGUGGCGGGCGGGUGCUCCGGCCCCAUGGGCAGCCGGGCGGCGGACGGCGCGGGCAGCGAGCGGCCCGCAGAUGGUGGUGCGGAAGCACUUGGUGAGGAAUCAGGGCGGUUUACCAGAGAACAGCUAUUUACACUGGCUGCGACAGCUUCCAUAAACUUCAGUUCAAUGGUGUGCUACUCAAUCCUGGGACCCUUUUUCCCUACAGAGGCAGAAAAAAAAGGUGCCAGUAACACCAUUGUUGGCCUGAUUUUUGGAUGUUUUGCUUUGUUCAAUUUCUUGUCUUCUUUAAUCUUGGGAAAUUAUCUUACACGUAUUGGAGCAAAAUUCAUGUUUGUGGCAGGGAUGUUUGUUUCAGGAUGUGUGACCAUUCUGUUUGGAAUGCUGGACAAGGUGCCAAGUGGACCAAUGUUCAUUGGUUUUUGCUUUUUAGUAAGAGCAAUUGAUGCAAUAAGUUUUGCAGCAGCAAUGACAGCAUCGUUUUCAAUCCUUGCAAAAGCAUUUCCCACUAAUAUAGCUACUGUCCUGGGCAGCCUUGAAAUUUUCUCAGGACUUGGAAUGGUGCUGGGCCCACCUUUAGGUGGCUUCUUGUAUCAAUCAUUUGGUUAUGAGGUCCCUUUCAUUACCCUGGGAUGUAUAGUGUUGGUUUUCGUGCCUAUGAAUAUGUGCAUAUUGCCAAAAUAUGAUUCAAUCCCUAGCAAGGAAUCCUUUUGGAAGCUUAUACUUCUACCAAAAGUCUUAGUACUCUGUCUCACUAUAUUUUCUCUAAGUGCAUGUUUGGGCUUUUUGGAUCCCACAAUAUCUCUAUUUAUUCUAAAGAAGUUCAAGCUCCCAACUGGUUAUGUGGGCUUGGUGUUCCUUGGUUUGGCACUCUCGUAUUCCCUGUCUUCUCCCCUCCUUGGACUUGUAAGCGACAAACUGCCAUACACCAGGAAGUGGCUGCUGAUAGCUGGAGGCUUACUGACAGCACUGUGCUUUUUCAUGUUAGGACCUGCUCCAGUAUUGCACAUUGAAAGUCAGCUGUGGAUGUUUGUGCUAGUGCUGGUUUUGAUUGGCUUUUCCCUUGGCAUGAGUGCUAUUCCAGUGUUUCCAGAGGUACUGCAAUGUGCACAUGAGAAUGGAUUUGAAGAAGGUCUGAGUCUGCUGGGACUGGUGUCUGGACUCUUCAAUGCCAUGUGGUCUCUUGGGGCGUUUGCAGGUCCCAUUCUGGGAGGAUUUCUAAAUGAAAGUCUGGGUUUUGAAUGGGCUGCAGCCAUCCAGGGAGGAUUGGCACUGUUAAGUGGGCUUACAACUGGAAUAUUCUAUAUCAUUGAGGCAACAAGGAAAAGUUCCAGUUCCAACCUGCAAAAUCCUCCUGGUAAUAAUGAAGAAAGAACUCAUCUCAUGGGCAGUGAAACAUAGCCAGACAUACUUUCAAUUCUCAGUUUACUAUUGUGGUUUAACCUAGUAUUGAGGUGACUGGACUUAACAGUGCUUCAUUAUUCUGGAGCUGGGACAUGAUCCCUUAUUGAACAACCAGUUGUGGUUUAAUUGUAGCUGCAUUACUGUUUUGAAAUACUAAACACUGACUGCCUUUCUUUUGGAAGUUCUCAUAAGUGAUGAGUAACCCUCAGCUGUCAGCCUGUGUGAUUGUGUUCCAUGUACAGUGCACCACUGUAUGUGAAGAGAUGUGUUUUCAGAUUCUGGUUUCUAUACUCAUGCAUGCUGUGCAUUAUUCUUGGGUAAAGCUACUAUUUUACUACCAUGAUUUUCUGUACCUUUUUAAGGGAAGUUCGUUAUCUUGUAAUACUGUAACUGAUAACAUAAAACAUUAAGACAGAAUCUGAAAUUACAAAGCAUUACAAAGCACAAUAUUAUUUUCAAUAAAGCAACUUUUUUCCUAA